UACGCGGGCAGCCGCCGAAGCUGCAGCAAGAGCAGCCUGGAGAGUAGGCAGGGGUAGACCAAGAGCCCGAACCUGAGCUCAGCCGCCGCGCGCCAAGAACCCAGGGAAGCGUACCUGGAUCGCCUUAAGACAACGUCCAGAAAAGACCCAGAGAGUCCAGGCUUGGCGUAUUGCAAAGACUUCAUCUCUUCCCCCACCCCCAAAGAGCCGUUGCAGCUGGAGGAACAACUGUGACUGAAGACUUUUCCUCCAGUCCUGGGGAUACAUUGCCAGUGCCCACACAUACACUCGGAUCUGUACCGCAGCAGUAGCCGCCGCCGCCACCGUCACAGCCUGGGCGCGCUGCGCAGCCGGGGCCCCUGCGGGGAGAUGGAGCCCGGGCUGCAGAAGGUGUGAGCCGUCCGUAGCCCAGGCUCUCCGGAGGAGGGGGAUCGGGGGGGGGUCCAGGGACCCCAGGAGGCGGAGGGGAGAGCCCUCCGCCCUCCCCCCCUCCGGCGGGCACCCGCUUCGACCCUAUUGUUCCCGCCGGGGUUGGAAGCGCGGUGUAGGGGCCGCUCCCGGGACUUGUGCACCGGCCGCGGGGCUCUUGUGGCCCCGCGGGGAGGGGUCCUGUCCCCGGGGCGGCCGGUCAACUUGAGGGACCCGGACUCCCAACCACUGGAGCGGUGGCCGACUCUCCUCUGGGGGAAAAGCAGCCCAGACAGAGGUACACUUUGAGAAGGAGGGUCAAGCCCAAGGAUCGGGUAGAGUCCCCAUGGAGGUGUGGAGCCUUGUCACCAAUCUGUAACUGCAGAACUGGGAUGUGGAGCUGGAAGGGCCUCCUUUUCUGGGCUGUGCUGGUCACAGCCACACUCUGCACUGCCAGACCAGCCCCAACCUUGCCUGAACAAGCCCUGCCCUGGGGAGCCCCCGUGGAAGUAGAGUCCUCUCUGGCGCACCCUGGUGACCUGUUGCAGCUUCGCUGUCGCCUAAGGGAGGAUGUCCAAAGCAUCAACUGGCUGCGGGACGGGGUGCAGCUGGUGGAGAGCAACCGCACCCGCAUCACAGGGGAGGAGGUAGAGGUGCGGGAUGCCGUCCCCUCGGAUUCCGGGCUCUACGCCUGUGUGACCAACAGCCCCUCAGGCAGCGACAUCACCUACUUCUCCGUCAAUGUCUCAGAUGCUCUCCCUUCUUCAGAAGAUGAUGAUGACGAUGAUGACUCCUCAUCAGAGGAGAAAGAGUCAGAUAACACUAAGCCAAACCGUACGCCCGUGGCUCCAUACUGGACAUCACCAGAAAAGAUGGAAAAGAAAUUGCACGCAGUACCAGCAGCUAAAACAGUGAAGUUCAAAUGCCCUUCAAAUGGCACGCCUAACCCCACUCUGCGUUGGCUGAAGAAUGGCAAAGAAUUCAAACCCGACCACCGGAUUGGGGGCUACAAGGUCCGCUAUGCCACCUGGAGCAUCAUAAUGGACUCAGUGGUGCCAUCUGACAAAGGCAACUACACUUGCAUCGUAGAGAAUGAAUAUGGCAGCAUUAACCACACCUAUCAGCUGGAUGUUGUGGAGCGGUCACCUCACCGCCCCAUCCUGCAGGCUGGUUUGCCUGCCAAUAAAACGGUGGCUUUGGGCAGCAACGUGGAGUUUAUGUGCAAGGUAUACAGCGACCCACAGCCUCACAUCCAGUGGCUAAAGCACAUCGAAGUGAAUGGGAGUAAGAUUGGCCCGGACAACCUGCCAUAUGUGCAAAUUCUAAAGACGGCCGGUGUUAACACCACUGACAAAGAGAUGGAGGUGCUUCACUUAAGGAAUGUCUCCUUUGAGGACGCGGGGGAGUAUACAUGCUUGGCGGGUAACUCUAUCGGACUCUCCCAUCACUCUGCAUGGCUGACCGUUCUGGAAGCCCUGGAGGAGAGACCAGCAGUGAUGACCUCGCCUCUCUAUCUGGAGAUCAUCAUCUAUUGCACGGGGGCUUUCCUCAUCUCCUGCAUGGUGGGGUCUGUCAUCAUCUACAAGAUGAAGAGUGGUACCAAAAAGAGCGACUUCCACAGCCAAAUGGCUGUGCACAAGCUGGCCAAGAGCAUCCCCCUGCGCAGACAGGUGUCCGCUGAUUCCAGUGCCUCUAUGAAUUCAGGGGUCCUGCUGGUUCGGCCUUCACGCCUUUCUUCCAGUGGGACACCUAUGCUAGCUGGUGUCUCUGAGUAUGAACUUCCUGAGGAUCCACGCUGGGAACUGCCUCGGGACAGGUUGGUUCUGGGCAAACCACUGGGAGAGGGCUGCUUUGGACAAGUAGUAUUGGCAGAGGCUAUUGGGUUGGAUAAGGAUAAACCCAAUCGGGUGACCAAGGUGGCAGUGAAGAUGCUGAAAUCGGAUGCAACAGAGAAGGACCUGUCAGAUCUGAUCUCAGAAAUGGAGAUGAUGAAGAUGAUUGGGAAACACAAAAACAUUAUCAACCUACUGGGGGCCUGCACACAGGAUGGCCCUCUGUAUGUCAUUGUGGAAUAUGCCUCCAAGGGCAAUCUUCGUGAGUACCUGCAGGCCAGGCGGCCCCCUGGGCUUGAAUACUGUUACAACCCCAGCCAUGCCCCAGAAGAGCAGCUCUCCUCCAAGGACCUAGUGUCUUGUGCCUACCAGGUGGCCAGGGGCAUGGAGUAUCUUGCCUCCAAGAAGUGCAUUCACCGGGAUCUGGCAGCCCGGAAUGUCUUGGUGACUGAGGACAAUGUGAUGAAAAUUGCAGACUUUGGUCUUGCUCGGGACAUCCAUCACAUUGACUACUACAAAAAGACAACUAAUGGCCGGCUGCCUGUGAAGUGGAUGGCUCCUGAAGCACUGUUUGACCGGAUCUAUACACACCAGAGUGAUGUGUGGUCAUUUGGGGUGCUGCUGUGGGAAAUAUUCACCCUGGGAGGCUCCCCUUACCCUGGUGUGCCUGUAGAGGAGCUUUUCAAACUGUUGAAGGAGGGUCAUCGAAUGGACAAGCCCAGCAAUUGCACCAAUGAACUGUACAUGAUGAUGCGGGACUGCUGGCAUGCAAUUCCCUCUCAGAGGCCUACCUUCAAGCAGCUUGUAGAGGACCUAGAUCGAAUUGUGGCUCUGACCUCUAACCAGGAGUACUUGGACCUGUCAGUGCCCCUGGACCAGUAUUCACCCAGCUUUCCAGACACCCGCAGUUCUACUUGCUCCUCUGGAGAGGAUUCAGUCUUCUCCCAUGACCCACUGCCUGAGGAGCCCUGCUUGCCCCGACAUCCGGCCCCACUGGCCAAUGGGGGACUCAAACGGCGCUGACAUUCCCCCACAAUGAACUCCACAAACUGAUAUCCUUACCCCUGACUCUUGGUUGGGCUCAUUUCCCUUCCUUUUUUCCUUCUCCCUGCCCACAGGAGUUGGCUGCCCACAACUAAGGCCUUCCUUUUAUUGCCCAUCUCUAUCCCAUUGAGCUGAUUUCCCUUCCAUCAAUUAAUGUCAGCCCCUUCUGCUGGGAGAAAGGGAAAAAGAGGUACUUCCAGUUGGCUACUUCAUUCCCCUUAACCUUGGACCAGGACCUCUCCCUGCCUGGAAGGGAGAGAGAAUGGGAAAUGGGCAUGGAAGUGGAGGCUUGCUGGGCUCUCUCUGGUACUGUUUUUAUUUUAACCUACUAGCCUCCCACAUGUUGGUGGCAGGUGCCUUGUCCUCAGGCUGCAGCAUGGGGAGGUCAGUCAGUCAGUGCCUCAGGCCCCCAUUGAAGGUGACCUCAGCUCCAGAAGGGUGGUACUAGUGGCUUAUUAAUUCCAAUACUAAUUUGCUUUGCUGACCAAACACACCUGGUACCAGAGGAUGGUGGGGCAAAGGCUGGGGGCAGUCUGUGGCCCUGGGGCCCAGCCCCAUCCUGGGGCUUUGUAUAUAACUAUGAAGAAAACACAAAGUGUAUAAAUCUGAGUAUAUAUUUACAUGUCUUUUUAAAAGGGUUGUUACCAGAGAUAUACCCAUUGGGUAGGGCGCUCCUAGUGGCUGGGAGACAUCAGUUGCUAUAUAUUGAAAAAAAAGAAAAAAGAAAAAAAAGGAAAAAAGUUUUAAAAAAAGGUCAUAUAUUUUUUUGCUACUUUUGCUGUUUUAUUUUUUUAAAUUAUGUUCUAAAUCUAUUUUCAGUUUAGGUCCCUCAAUAAAAAUUGCUGCUGCUUCAGUUUUAUAUGGGUUGUAUGAAAAGGGAGAGAGGAAAUUUGGGAAUUGACUGAGAAAAUGAGAUUAAUAUGUAUUGGGGCUGCACUGUCUUUAUAAAGGGCAUAUGCCCUAUAGUUCCUAUUUACCCUUUCAUUCAAUUAAGUUUAAUUCAACAAAAAUGUAUUAAAUGCCUACUCUAUAUGUAAGGUACUGUUAGGCACUGAGGACAUCAAGAAAAAUCCAUUCUAUGUCUUCUGCAUCUUCUUGGAGGCUGCCAAGGGCUCUGGUCCUUCUGGGAUGCUCUAGGGAGAGUACACAGAAGUGGAUGGGAGUCUUCUGCCAGUGCGCCUGCCCGUGGGGUUGGGCACCAGGCCCAGGCCAAAGCAGCCCUUCACAACAAAUCAUUUCCUUAUAGGAAGUUGUUGAUUCGGGCAUGCUACCCUGUGGGAAGAGGGGAGUGGGGGAAGUGAGCUACAGACCAUCCAGAACAGUUCUCUGGGCAAGGCUUAAGGAGUGGUCCCUGAAGCUCAGGGGGGGAUCCACACCUUCCCAGGUCCUAGGGCUCACCACUCCUCAAUCCACACCACAAAUGGUUCUCCUUAAGUCAUACAUACCAAGUACCCAGGCUACAUCCAAGCCUCUCCCUUGGCAACACCACAAAUUGAGCACUGCCUUCCCAAGGCUCUUCCUGUUUAAAGUCAGGAGUUGGGGGGAGCCACCCCUCCAUGGGGGUGGGGAUCCUCAGGAGGUUUCUGUCUGUUUAUAAUUGUGCUUUCUGCUGCCACCUGCUGGGCCAUUUUCUGUACUGCUAGCUAAGCCUUUCCUCUUUCCAACAGCCCCCUCUCCGCACCUCUUAAGGCUCCGCCACCUCCAGACUUUCUAGAAUUCCCACCUCCCUGAAUGUAUGGAAAGUUCAGGAUGUUGCUCAUUCCUUUGAUUUCUGUGGGGAGGGUGGAGAUGGCUGCUUUAAUGUUUUAUCUUUGAGUUGGUCAUUUUGUUACAGCUCAAUGCUGACACCUGUGCAGUUGUUCCUCUGUUAUCCUUGACUCCUCUCUAUCUGUAAAACUGUCAACCUUGCUGCAGUUUGGUUGUGUGUUUGUGUUUAAAAGAAGCAUGAUCUAGUGGACAAAGCCAGGAAAUUAAUCUCAGCUAUAUUACUAUUUCCUAUGGGACUUUAGACUGGUCCCUUUCUUCAGUUUUCCCAUCUGUAAAAUAGUGAUAAUAAUCUCUGCCUUGGCCCUACCUCACAGGAAUGUUGUGUGAAUGGAUGGAAGAAAGUCUAUCAAGUGCUUUAUGCUCCUUGGGGAGAGGUGCUGGAGAAAAUACAAGGCACUAUUACUAUAAAA